CUCUAUUGUUUGCAGUCGGCACCGCACCUGCCCACCGUCUUCGAAGCUUCUCUUCUCCUGUCCUCCCCUCGCCACCCCACGAGCCCAGCGACGAGUUCGACGUGCCCCAGCGCAGUCCGGGCGACCCAGCGAGGGUAUCAGUGGAGAGUGGGGGUGGGUGACUGGUUCUGCGCCGCGAGGAACUUGGGGAAUUGUGCUGCGGACAUUGGACUGAGUUAGUUCUACUCACUAUUUGGAUGAAUGGUUGGUCGGAGAAUUGAGCGUGCCUGGAAUUAACUCAGUUGAGAUUAGUCUCUUGCUGUUAGAGAGUUCCGAUGAGACCAAUGAAGAAUUCUGAAUAAGCCCGAAGGGAAAAAGUUAUACUGCCUGUGCUUUGUUUCCCACCAAAACAGCUUCCCUCGAUACUAGCAUUGAUCUCCUGUAAAAUUUGUUUGGCAUUGAGGGUGGUGCACUUUACAAUGGGUUCACGAUCAAAGAAUGAAGAUGACAAGGCCCUUGUCUUGUGCCAGGAAAGAAAACGAUUUGUUAGAGAAGCUCUUGAUGGAAGAUGUGCUUUUGCAGCUGCUCACUUUUCUUAUAUUCAGUCAUUGAGGCACACAGGAUUUGCUUUGAGAAAAUUCGUAGAGCCUGAAGUGCCAACAGAUUCUUCAUUGUACACAUCAACAUCUGCCACACCGGAGCCUCCUACCAUUAGGCAGAAAUCGACGAACCUAUCUCCAUCCUUUCCACAUCAUGCUAAUGACUCUUUCUCCCCAGUUCCAUCCCCUUUAUCUUCAGGGCGUUUCCAUGUCAAUCAUAUGAAAGCCAGGGGGAAUUCAGUGACAACUGUUGAGAAGGUGCCUGUUCCUGUAACAGCAACUCUGCAAACAUCUUCCCCUGUUCGUAGACACGCUGUCCAUGAUCUGGAUGAUAGUUCUACAUUCGAAGCUCCUCCAGGGACACCACCAUGGGACUACUUUGGCCUUUUUCAACCUGUUGAGAACCAAAUCUCAUUUGACAAUGAGAAGGAACUUGGUCAUGACUUUGAGAAUGCUGAUGAUAUUAGGCGUCUUCGGGAGAAGGAGGGGAUCCCAGAUCUUGAAGAGGAAGUGGAGAAGUCUCCUGCCCAUCUUGAUGAUAAUAGGCACCUAGGAGAGGAGAAAGCUCUGGAUUUCAAAGAUGUUGAGAAAUCUCCUAUGAAUGGAGGGGAGGAUGAUCUUGCAUUUUCAGAAGAUGAUUUUGACAAUCCAACGUCUGAAUCUUUAGUGCGGAUGUUCAAGAAUCGCAAUGAUGCGCUUGUUGGAAAUACUGCAACAGAUCAAUCACCUGCACAUCUUGCUUCAGAAAAGGUAGGUUUGGAAACUAUUGAUUCUCAAACUGAAAGUGAAAGGCCAAAAGGUGACACGAAGGUGCUGGACAUUAGCAUGUAUGAAUCUGAUGAAACUCCUGUGGUGAGCCCUGUGAAAGAAGUUGCAUCUUUGAUUGCUCCUCCUGUGAACGGGAAAUCAAAGGAACCUUUUCGUGAUACCAGAAAUAUGGCAAGGGACUUAAAUUCAUGCAUGAAGGAGGUUGAAAUGUUAUUUAUCAAGGCAUCUGAUUCUGGAAAAGAAGUCCCAAGGAUGCUCGAAGCAGAUAAAGUCCAUUUUCGCCCUUUACUACCGGAAGAAAAAGCGCCUGGAUCAACAGCAUCAGGUUUUUUCGGAACACUCUUUGCUUGUUGCAGGGAGGAAGUCCCUGUUCCACAGUCCCCUCCUCAGGCUGAAGUGAAGUACCUUACCUGGCAUAGAUCAAUGUCUUCACUUUCGUCAUCAUCUAGAAAUCCUCUUGGGACAAUAUCAAAAGAUGACACUGAUGGUUUCACUGGAAAUAUCUUUGGUAGCAUAUACAUGAAUGCUGGCAGUCAUGCCUCCACACUGGACAGGUUGUAUGCAUGGGAGAGAAAGCUUUAUGAUGAAGUUAAGGCGAGCAGUGCAAUUUGCAGGCAAUAUGACGAGAAAUGUAGGCAACUGAGGCACCAGGAAUCAAGAGGAGAAAGCCAAAUGAGUAUUGAUAAAACCCGUGCUGUUGUGAAGGAUUUGCGCUCCAGAAUUGUAGUGGCCAUUCAGAGAAUAGACAUGAUUUCUAAGAACAUAGAGGAUCUAAGGGACAAUGAGCUUCAACCACAGCUAGAGGAAUUAAUUGGAAGCUUAACUUGCAUGUGGGCAACAAUGCUUGAGUGUCACCGGCAUCAACACGAGAUUAUUAAGCUAGUAUACAACAGUGGCAACAUGAAGGUCUUAAUUCGGUCGGAAUCACAGUUCCAAGCAACUCUACUCCUCCAGGUGGAGCUAAACACAUUAUGUUCAAACUUCCAGAAAUGGAUAGCAUCCCACAGAUCGUACAUGCAAAGCCUAAAUUCAUGGUUGCUCAAGUGUGUGAAGUCAUUACAGGGGAAGAGGAAGAGUUCCAGGAAGAAGAAGAUUGAAGCUGAUCCAAUAACAAAGUAUGCUGUUGCGCCCAUAUUUAAGACCUGUGAGAGCUGGAUAAAGUUAUUGGAUGACUUACGAACCAAGGACUUGGAGGAUGCUAUUAGAGGCCUUGCUGCAGAUAUAGCCCAUUCCAUGCCAUGCCAGGAGAGGCGACGCCGUAGUUCAAAGCUGAUGUUCUCAUUAUCCCAUAGUGGAAGAUUAAAUGGCGAGAUGGGGGGAAUCCACAGGAAUGAUUCUCCUACCGAUUUACAAUCAAGUUUGGAGAUAUUUCUAGGGAAGCUUGAAUCUUUUUCGAGUAAAUCAUUGCAGAAGUAUGAGGGUCUCGAAGAGGAAAUUAAGAAUGCAAAGAAAAAGUAUGAGGAAUGGAAGUAGCUUUGGCACAGGCAGACCAGUGGCUCUAAUUUCCGGAACAAAACAUAAUUAGUCAUCUAGAGAUGGAUAAGUAAAUCGUCCAGGUGUAUAUGUUUGUUGAAAUAAUAGGCAUAAAUUCAUUUUUUUAAAGUUGCAGGAUACGACUAGAUGGGAGAGGAUAAAAUUUUUAGAUCUCUGUCUAGUGCUAUGCUGCCUUAAUCUGCGGUUGUAAAUGUGAGGCGGCGGUAAUUAAAGUGCAAGUUGUGGGGAUAAGAUGUACAUUCAUCCUGGGGUUAUAUCAGUAUAUGAGGUAUCCUUAUUCUUCA